GACAACCAACCUCUUCCAUUAGAAUAAUCCCACACUUAUUUCUACCUCCACUCUCAUUAAUACACUGCUAGCACUCCCUCCCUUUCUCCCAAAGAAAUGUGGCAAAAGGAAGAGACAAAGUGAUCAGAACCCACCCCUCUCAUGAAAGCCCUAGCAUUAAGACCCUCUUCUCUGCCACACAACAAGAUUCCUAAUUAAGUCCCCAGCAUGUUUUCCUUUCCACGUUCCAUUUGCUUCUCGUCCGGGGGGAAUUUCCUUCUGCUUUAAAGAACCUCCACACACACCUUUUUUCAUCCCACUAUUAAUGCUAAAGUUCUACCUACUAUAGCACCAGGGGAUGGGAGACAUGAUGCCAAGAUGUUAUUUACAUUAUGAUAAGAUCAGUGAGAUGCACAGGGAGUAGGGUAGGUGAAGAGCCUAUAUAAGAAGGCAAGUUAUGUGUUGAGACCUAAAAGCAAGAGCAACAAAAAAGUGCUGCUUCUAGAUUGUUUUUCUCUUCUGGUUGGCCGUUUUUGUGAUCUAACUUUCAGUUCAGUAAUUUCCCACCACCUCAUUUGCACUUGCCUCCAUCAUCAUCACCAUCAUGGCUUCUUCUAAUAGACACUGGCCAAGCAUGUUCAAGUCUAAGCCCUGCAACCCUCACCACCAAUGGCAGCAUGACAUCAACUCUUCUCUCAUCUCAUCUGCUUGCCACAGAAGCCCUUACACUUCAGGAACCGGUUGUGAGGAGAGAAGUCCUGAACCAAAGCCAAGGUGGAAUCCAAAACCUGAACAAAUUCGCAUUCUGGAGGCUAUAUUCAACUCUGGAAUGGUGAAUCCUCCGAGGGAUGAGAUAAGGAAGAUAAGGGCACAGUUGCAAGAGUAUGGCCAAGUGGGUGAUGCCAAUGUCUUCUAUUGGUUCCAGAACCGCAAAUCAAGGAGCAAACACAAGCUUCGCCAUCUCCAAAACUCAAAGAACCAGAACCUUGAACCCCAACAAAACCCCACAUCGGUCCCACAAAUCACUGCAACCUCAUCCUCAUCUUCCUCCUCAGAGAAAUCUUCCCCCAAAGAAAUAAUACCUACCAAGGUAUUCACCAUUGGUUUCUCUAACGUCACCGAUAUGGUGCCUAAUUCCCCAACUACUUCUGUGAACCAGACCUAUUUUCACACCCACAAUGAGUCCACUAUGCUUCCACCACCACCACCGCCACCACCACCUGCUGCUGCACCAACUGAGGCUUUUUUCUUCCCAGUGCAACAUCAUGGGCAGGGAAUUGCACAUAGUACGGUGACAUCACAAGGCUUUUGCUUCUCUGAACUGUCCAACGUUGUUCAAGCACAAUCACAUGCUCAACAUAAUGUUGGUCCUUGCACUAGCCUUUUGCUCAGUGAGAUAGUGAGUCAUGGUGCUGCUGCAUCAAAGAAGGAUCUGGAACAUGACAAGUCUCUGAAAAUAAUGCACCAGCCCUCACUGCUUAAUUUCUGUGUCACUCCCACAACAAUAGCUCCUACAACUUCCACUGUUGUACCUCCCAUCACUACCUCCACUACUGCUGUUCUGUCCUCCAUCGUUGCUCAAUCUCAAGGUAUGGGAGAUCCAGCUGCUGCGGCGAGAUCAACGGUGUUCAUUAACGAUGUGGCAUUCGAGGUAGCAGUGGGACCUUUCAACGUGCGUGAAGCCUUUGGAGACGAUGCUGUGCUCAUCCAUGCCACUGGUCAACCUGUUCUAACAAAUCAAUGGGGUGUCACUCUUCAAUCACUCCAGCAUGGUGCAUGUUAUUAUUUGAUAUAGGAAGGAGAAAGCUGAAUGAUGAAUGGGAGAUUUUACGUUUUAGAUAUGGUGUUCUUUUUUAUUAUUAUUUUUCUAUCUAUUUCGGUCUUUCUCUGUCUGUUUUUUUUCUCUUCUUAUCUAUGUCUACGUGUGUAUUACUAUCAGGGUUAUUGAAUAGGGGUUUGUAGACACUGCUAAUUAUGGUCUAUCUUGAUCAAGUAUGGUUAUAUAUUAUGACGUUGUUGACA